GUGGAGGAAUGAGUGGCUAUUAAUUUAUACUAUUAAUUUUUAUUUACGCAACAAUAAUGUAAAAGACGGCUAACUGAAUGGAUAUUAUACAAUUGUUUACUACUAUUCUACAUAUCUCUGUUGUAAGUAGAAUUCGGAAGGCUGAUUUGUGAAUAUAGCAAGCACGACUGGGUGUCGGCGGUAUGGCGGGGUCGCAUGGCGGGGUGGUGGACUGGCGGCGGUAGCGCAAAAAAAAAGUUAACAGGCGAAUUUUGGUGAGGUUGUCAUUCUUGCCAUAGCGACCACGCUGCAGCCCAACAGUUUAGACCGAGAUCUAAGCAGGCGUCCAAUCAUGGGUAAAGCUUCAAAAGACAAGCGUGAUGCCUACUACAGACUGGCGAAGGAGCAAGGCUGGCGAGCGAGAAGCGCCUUCAAGUUGCUGCAAUUAGACGAAGAAUUCGAUCUCUUUGCAAACGUAUCUCGAGUCGUCGACCUCUGCGCCGCCCCCGGUAGUUGGUCUCAGGUUCUGUCGCGCGUGCUCAUCAAGGGCGAAAAGUUUGGCAGAGCAGCAUGGCAGGACCGUGAAGCCAAAUUUCGACAGCAGAUGCUUGGUAUACUGCCUGCUGCUACAUCUGACGACUCGAAGCAGCAGCAGGUCGCCGAAGAGGUGGCCAAGCAGCACCGUGAGUCGCAGCCGCGCAAGGACGUCAAGAUUGUGUCCAUUGACUUGCAGCCCAUUUCACCGCUCGAGGGUAUCACAACCUUGCGAGCCGAUAUCACACAUCCAGCUACCGUGCCACUACUGCUAUCAUCGCUAGACCCGGAAUACGACGCCAAAUCAGCCAGUGGGACGCAAGCCUCGCACCCUGUCGACCUAGUGCUCAGCGACGGUGCCCCCGAUGUUACAGGCCUUCACGAUCUCGAUAUAUAUGUUCAGUCGCAACUGCUGUUUGCUGCGCUGAACCUGGCUCUGUGUGUGCUCAAGCCCGGAGGCAAGUUUGUGGCCAAGAUCUUCCGCGGCCGCAACGUCGACAUUUUAUAUGCACAGCUCAAGAUCUUCUUCGAAAGAGUUAUUGUGGCCAAGCCCAGAAGCAGCAGAGCGAGCAGUGUCGAAGCAUUUAUUGUGUGCAUAAACUUCCGUCCGCCUACGGGAUUCCAAGCCAGCUUGGAAGAACCGCUGGGCGUCGGACAACGCUUAAACAAGUUGGCCGAAGAGAGACAACGCCAGAUGCCAAUGGUGGCAGAUGCCACUAUGCAGAAUUCUGCUCGUGGCACUUGGGAUAUGUUUGUACAAGGGUCUACGCAGGACAUGGGAAUCGAAAGGGUGCAGGAGAAGGAGGUUUACGAUGACAAUGAGGAUUCAACAGAACAAAACGAUUUAGCAACGCGCUGGAUUGCGCCGUUUAUUGCGUGCGGAGACUUGUCGGCUUUUGAUUCCGACGCCUCCUAUCAACUACCUGAAGACUAUGUCUCGCUGGACCCUGUCCAACCGCCUAUAGCGCCGCCAUACAAGCGGGCUGUAGAGAUGCGAGCUGCGCUUUCUAAAGCUUCAUCCAAAUAACGAAUAUGACGGAGAAGAACGAAGAGAGCAUCAUCAAAUAGAUGAAAAGUACAUAAAAUGACGAGAAAAAUAUCAAAACGUGAUGAAAAAAACAAAAAAUAUGCAUCCCAGUAUUAGUUGCGCCAGGUGAAUGGUGGAAAUGAAAACAAGUCGUGUCGUAAGUCAGCCGUCGGGGGAUUGUGGAAGUUAUAUGCAUCGACGCUGCUGCAGCCAUCCAUUUCUUUUUUUAUAAUGAUUCGAACGUAACGUGAGCAUCUCAGAGGCCAGAAUCGAUUAGUGAUCCUCGGGGAGAUCCUUGACACCACCACCGGGCAUCUCGAGAAGGACGAGUCCAGCAGAAGGGCCCUUGUCGAAGUCGAGAGCACCGAGUUCACGCUGGUACAUACGGGCAGCAGCUUUGUCGUGGGUCAUGAGGACAAGGCCACGGAGCUCAGGCCAGGUGUCGACAGUCUCCUUGAUGCAACGCAUCAUCAGGGAGGCAAGACCGCGGCGCUGGAAAGCCUCGAGGAUGAAGACAUCAGUGAGGUAGGCAAAGGUGACGUAGUCGGUGACAAGGCGGGCAAAGCCAACGAGGGUCAGAUCGGCGAGAGACGAGUCACAGGGGAAGCCACCGUUGUCUACAAAAAGCGAAGCAUGGUUAGUAAAGUUGAUUCAUUCACUCGGAUAAACGACAAGGACCUGCGACUCACUCUUCAUUUCCUCCUCGGUAUCCGGGACCGAGUAGACGGCAAAGGUCAGGCAGUUGUUAAUCAUCUUGGUCAUCUGGGCGACGUCGAGGGGAUCGUUCCACCACAUGAGGUCAGACUUGAAGACAUCGUUGACGGCAACGGGGCUCAAGUAAGCCUUGUCUGUGGAGAUGAAGAAGCCAUCGCGGUACCAGGAUCGAGGAGCUCCCUCUUGCUGCAUCUUUGUAGGGGUAGGGACGGUGGUGGAUGAAGUGGCGGCCAUUGUGACGGUGUUUGGCUGUUGGUGUUUUGAUUGUUCAAGGCUCGGGGUGUUUGGAUUGGGGGCGUAUAAACGGGAACAGUUGUUGUGUUACAAGGCUAGGCCUACGUGUGGAACAACUUGUUUAUGUUUGGGUUCUUGGGUGAGAUGUCUUGUAGAUGAGAUGAGAUCCAAAGAGAUCUGGGGCCGGGCAAGGGAAGUUUACAGUUAUAUACAUUAUGGAGAGGGGCGUGUAAUAAGGUCUACUUGGCGACAGUGACGAAUGGGGGGCACCAGUUGGAAAGCUUUUGCCAUCCGGCGGCCUUGUCCGUCGGCUCUGAAUCAAAGAGUGAGAGAAAAUGAACGGUUAUUUGCGGGCUCCUAUGCGCAUUUGCACGGCGAAUCUCCACAAGGCGAGGCGGAGCGAGGGCGGGCCCAGUGCAUGGCGCACGGUGUUUUUACAGGGCUUUGCAGCGCCAGA